AUGGAAGAGCCCACUCGAGCCCAAGUCUUGCAGCCUCGAACGCCCAUCAGACAGGUCAGGUCAAGUAAAAUGUCGCAAAAAUUUUCCCAGUUCAAGGGCAUCUUUCGUAUUCCCACCCGCAAGCCGACUGAUGAUAGGGAAGCCGAUAAUCAUCCUUAUGCCAAGCAAAGUCGCUCGUCGAGGGAUCCUGGCGUCAAACCGUACAUGUCGCAGCCUAUUCUUGGUUUAGCAGGUAACAACUACCACCAACCCGACCACGAUGGGGAAACCUCCUCUGAACAAUCCGUGUCGCCCUCUCGACCAACUUCCCAAGUGGACCUUUCGAAAAAGACACCUCCCGAUACCCAAAAGUCGAACAGCCACACAUUAUCUGCUGGCCUUGCCCCUGCUGCGCAUGCGGGGUUAUCGAUAGGCAGUCGCACCAACGUAGACGCUUUGCCUGCCAUUCCCAAUCCGCGGCCCUUUCACACACCAUUGCCGCUUGAUACAUCAUCAAAGGCCCUCCCACCGACGCCGGUUGCGACACCGAAGCGGCCGAGGACUCCAGGAAGGACAGGUUCGGGCGAGACUUCUGGCGGGAUGCGUGGCCUUGUUCGAACACUUUCUAGGACACCGUCAAUGUUUCGAUUGAGGGACAAUACGCCCACGCCUUCUGAGCUACCACCACCUGUUCCUCCACUUCAACGACGUCCAUCGCAUCCAUCUCCUGCGCAAUUAUCACCUAAUUUAUCGAUGGCCUAUAGUCCAACUAGCCCAACGUCUUCCAUUUCCCCUUUUCCCCCGCCAGUAUCCAUUCCUACGCAAGCAUGGAGCGAUGUUGCUCCCUCCAUCACUCUCCCUAGUCGCCCAAAAGCGGUCACAGCUAGUUCUACUCCUGCAAUCACUGCUACCCCACCCGUUCUAGAUACCGUUAUUCGCACCACUUUGAGUAAUUCAGAAGCAGUGCCACAACGACCUAAACUCACCCUCCCACCACCGAACCACAGAUUUAGUGUGACACUUGCCGGCGGAAGCAUGGCGCGUCUGUCUCCUAGUGUCAUCUUGCGGCCUCCGCCCCUUCCUAUUCUUCAUCUUCCGCAACUGCCUACGGCGAGUACGGCUUCACCGACGGUCACAGAGAGACGGUCCCGCUUGGGACUGAAAAACAUGCCGGCUUUGCCUCUACAAGGUACAAGUCGGGGUGCUGGUGGCCAAGAAGAGAAUGACGAUGGGGAGGAAGACGACGAGGACGAUGAUGAUGAUGAGGUAGAGGAUGAUAUGGGCGAAGGCUCCAGCGGGCUUAGACACGACGACGAGGAACCCUUUCAUCGUCCAAGCAUCAGCAGCGAAACAAGUAGUAUAAGCUUGGAUAGAACUCCAUCACGAUCUUCGUCGUACAAGACUGCUCAGGCAGAUCCCUCGCCAAUCGAAGAUGUGUUUCCACCAGGGACGCGACCAUCUCAGCACGCGCCUUCUCUGCCACUCCUGGAAACAUCACCUAUCGACCUAUCUUUUUUCAAUUCUUCGCAAACAUUAACCGACAUCAAAGGCAAAGCAGCUCUUCCUCCAGCAUUACCGUCGAUCCUUACUCAAAUAGAACGGCCAAAUGAUAACGACUAUUUCAACUCAAGGAUUCCUGAUGCUGAUGAGAGAGCAGUGGACCGCACACCUCAUCCACAGAACAUUUCGCCAGUUCAAACUCCACGGCCGACCGAUCGUUUUCGCCAUUCCGUCAUUCCCCCUCCCCGACUGGAGCGUCUUUCGACCUUGCAUGCUGGCCCUAGCUUGCGUCCUGGUAUGAAUAAGCGAGCUUCUCGCAGCUUGAUUGAUAUUCAUGCUAUGGCGAAGAAGGAGAUGGUGGAGAUGAUAGUCAGAGAGGAGGAGGAUAUACAAGAGAAGACGAGGAGAAGGCAAUCUCGGCUUGGAGGAAGAGAUGUCGUUUCGAUUGUGGUGGCAGACACAGAUGCGAACCGACACGUCUCAUUUCCUCUAGAUUCGUUGGAUGCUCCAGGAGAGAAAAAGAAGAAUCGAAUGAGUGUUGCUCCUCCUUACGAUCCCUCUUCGCAUCCCCUUCGCAAGCGCCGGUCAAUGCCCACUUUCAGCGAGGCUACCGAACCUCCGCCUUACCCUGACUUUGCGCCACGUGGACUAGGACGCCCAGAGUUUAAAAUCCAACCUAGGGAGGACGAAGGGAAGGAGAAACUCCCUGCUUAUAGUAAUCCCGUCUACCUCAAAGCGAUCAUGCCAAGAAAGGUGGAAUUCAGUACACCUGGCGUGCAAGCAAGGGACAGAAAGUGGCGGAGGGUCCUGUGUGUGUUGGAGGGCACUGCGUUUAAGGUGUACAAAUGUCCUGCUAGUACGGCAGGGGUGUCUGCGAUUGGAGGAUGGUGGGAAAGUAAAGUUGGUGUGGGGAGUGUAACCGUCGAUGAUGACCCUCGUACGACUGCCAAUGCUGGGUUGGCAGGGAGCUCCAGUGUAGCUGUAAAUGGCGUUGCUGUGCAGAGGGAGAAGGGCGAGGUGGAAAGGAGACCUGGAGGUAUUGGACAAAUGGAACUGCAAAUUCCAUCACCGCGAGGAUCUCAACAAGGCAGAGAGGCGGACCAUGGGACUCUCCCUGCUACGAGGUCGGCACUGAGCGUUGCUGUAGGAUUGCUCAAGCCUUCACGACAUGGACGAUCAAAUAGUGAUCUCCCUCCGGGUCCAGCGAAACCAAAGUCUCCCCGGCCAUCUUUGAAUAUUUCUCAAAGCGGGUCAACGACUCCAACAUCCUCUUCCUCGUACAAUCUGAUGAGGUCUAAUUCUCCGGUGCCUCCAUCCUCGUCGCACGGGCAUGGGAUGUCAAGCGGUGUACCCUCGCCUUCCUCUUCACAACUUUUCUCUCGACCAAGUACGGCAAUGUCUACUUCAUCAAGGCGAUCCCAAUACCGACCUCCUGGACAUGCCCCUCAUCAUUCAAGCCAUAGUAGUACGCACACCCCUUCUGUUAGAGAGAAGGGGAAAGAAAAAGAGAUCGUACCGAACCCUACUGACCUGAUCAGAGCAUACACGAUGCAGCACGCGGAGAGUGGGUUGGGCAAUGAUUAUCUCAAGAGAAAAAAUGUUAUUCGCGUUCGGUUGGAGGGCGAGCAGUUUUUGUUGCAGGCACAAGAUGUUGCUAGCGUCAUCCAGUGGAUCGAGGCCCUUCAAUCUUCAACUAAUAUUUCUCUUGAUUUGGAUGAACGGCCGAUGCCUAGAGGCCCGUUCUUUCCGAGACGUAGACGGCGUCGACGUCCUGCUAUUCCAACAGACACGGUGGGUGUUCCAUCGCCGCUUUCUGCGACGGCGGCGGCCCCAGCGUUGCGGAGGACCUCGUAA